ACAGCAGGGCAGAGUAAUACUGUAAGCGCUUUGUAAUGACGUAACCAGCGCGACCAAGUUUUGUUGUAGUUCUCACGUGUGGUAUUUUGUAAGAAUUACUUUGCUGUAUGCACAGAACUUGUAAAUCGUAAGCUAUGAAGGAGACACCGUUAUCUAACUGUGAGCGAGCGUUUCUCCUGCAGGCAAUCACAGAAAAAAAGCGUCUUGAUGGAAGACAAACAUAUGAUUAUAGAAAUAUCAAAAUUACAUUUGGCACCGACUAUGGCUGUUGUAUUGUGGACCUUGGAAAAACUAAAGUUCUUGCUCAAGUGGCUUGUGAACUUGUUACCCCAAAGAUGAACAGACCCACAGAAGGCAUCCUUUUCUUUAAUCUUGAACUUUCAUCUAUGGCUUCUCCAGCCUUUGAAUCUGGGAGACAGUCAGAACUUUUGGUUAAACUAAAUCGACUACUAGAGAGAUGUCUGAGAAACUCAAAAUGUAUUGAUACAGAAUCACUUUGUGUUGCCGCUGGUGAGAAGGUAUGGCAGAUACGUGUUGACCUUCACUUGCUGAACCACGAGGGUAACAUCAUUGAUGCAGCAAGCAUUGCUGCUAUUGCAGCUCUUUGUCAUUUUAAAAGACCAGAUGUGUCCGUUCAGGGUGAAGAGGUCACUGUGUAUAGUCCAGAAGAGCGGGACCCUGUUCCUCUUAGUAUUCAUCAUAUGCCAAUAUGUGUCAGCUUUGCAUUUUUUCAGCAAGGAACUUACUUGUUGGUGGAUCCCUGUGAACGUGAAGAAAGGGUUAUGGAUGGUCUUUUGGUGAUCGCUAUGAAUAAGCAUCGUGAACUUUGCACAGUUCAGUCUAGUGGAGGCAUUAUGUUGCUGAAAGAACAGGUUCUAAGGUGCAGCAAAGUUGCAGGGGUUAAAGUGGCAGAAAUAUCUGAACUAAUUCAGAAGGCCUUGGAGAAUGACAAAAAAGUCAGGAAAGAAGGAGGCAAGUUUGGUUUUGCAGAGUCCUUACCAGAUCAAAAAAUAACUGCUUUAAAAAUGCAAAAAGCCCUUGUAGAUACAUCUGAUGUGGAAGACAAAGCGGAGGAAAUACUUUCCAAAUCUGAGCCUCCCUCAGAUAUUAUUUCAAAACCAGUAGUUUGGGCAAGUGGCACUGCCCAGAUUGGAGAGGGUGUGGGAAAUGCCUGGGGGGAGUUAGAGGAAUCUGAAGAUGAGGAUGAUGAUGAAACCCCUGAAGAUGCAAGACAAUCUGCAAAGAAGACCUCUGAAGAUGAUGUUGUAAUUCUAUCUGACAGUGAAGAGGAAGAAGUUGUUAUACUACAGUCUGAAAUCACACCAUCAGAGAACAGAGGGACCGAUGCAGUAAAAGAGAAGGAAGCAGUUUCUUCAAAAAAAGGAUCUAGCAGUAAGAAGAAAAAGAAGAGGAGUGUGCAUUGGCAAUAAAGGCUUGUUAUUUAACAAACAAGAAAGUAAUGUAAACCACACUAGUAUAUGCAAUUCCCAAAAGUGUGCAUUAUUUGUAAUGCUGUGCAUUAUUUCAGGCAUACAGUAUUGUUCUAGUAAUGUGUAUACAUUUGUUCAUGUGUAUAAGGACUUUUAUGAAUGUGUUGUUUUUUUUCACAGACCAGAAAACAUUGUCAUAUGUCCAGACUUCUAUGUCUAGUUACUUUCCAAAUUACUGGGUUUUUUUUUUUUUUAUUAAUUUUCAAAUACAAACUAAUAAAACCAUAUUGUAGUAAAAUAUGACAAUGUUGCAAAUCCAGUCACAUCUAGUGUUACUGGAUAAUAAAGAAAGAAACAUUAA